GGGCUCGGGGCUCGGGCAUUGGGACAGCUUUUGUUGGGAGGAGAACGCAACUCGGCGGAGAUUAUCAUUUGGUCACCGCGCUUUUCCUUUUUCUGCAGCUCUUCGGUAGACUGUUUUUGACUCUGAGGGUCUGUCAUUCUGUCAGUUCGAUUGUUCGUUCAGUUUGGUCAUGGAUGCCGGACAAAGCUCCUUGUCCCCCACGACCUCGUUCGACAGGGAUCGUCAUGUCCGUUUCCUGAAGAUGAUGUUCCACGGUCUUCCUUCAGGUUAUCAAGAGCAGGAGAUUAAUCAUCUAACUCUCGCCUACUUUGUUAUAUCUGGCCUCGACAUAUUUGGCGCCCUAGAUCAGGUGGCUUUAGUUUGGUCUCCCAUCCACAUAGGGGAGCAAACUCGACCGAUGACUGUUUUUCAGAGGGGCUUUAUGCCGGUUGACAAGGAGGAAAUCGCCAAUUGGGUUUUAUCUUUUCAAGCUCGUCCAAAAAGUAAAGCUGAUCUAGAAAAUGGUCAAUUUUAUGGGUUUCAUGGUUCCAGAACUUCUAUGUUUCCUCCAGAUUCUAGCAAUGUCUUGAUUCACAACAAUAGCCACUUGGCAAGCACUUAUUGUGCUCUAGCUAUACUUAAGAUUGUUGGCUACAACUUGUCAAGUAUUGACCCGGAUUCAAUUUUGAUUUCAAUGAAAAACCUUCAACAACCUGAUGGGAGUUUUAUGCCCAUUCAUACUGGGGCAGAAGCAGACCUUCGAUUUGUAUUUUGUGCUGCUGCCAUAUGUUUUGUGCUGAACAAUUGGAGUGGAAUUGACAGAGAGAAAGCCAAGGACUAUAUACUAAAUUGCCAGUCAUAUGACGGUGGCUUUGGCUUAGUUCCUGGUUCAGAAUCUCAUGGUGGUGCAACAUACUGUGCGGUUGCAGCUCUCAGAUUGAUGGGAUUCAUCGAAGAUGACCUCCUGUCGAAGAUGACAUCAUCUUCCAUCAUUAAUGUGCCAUUGUUACUGGAGUGGAGCUUGCAGAGGCAAACAAUUGGUGGUGGACUUCAAGGCCGACCAAACAAGGCCAGUGACUCGUGUUAUGCCUUUUGGGUUGGUGGUGUUUUGAAAAUCUUAGGGGCACACAAAUUCCUAGACAAAGAAGCUCUUUGUGAAUUUUUACUAACAUGUCAGUCCCAGUAUGGUGGCUUCAGUAAAUUCCCAGGACAGCUGCCGGACCUCUACCAUUCUUUCUAUGCAAUGUCUGCAUUUAGCCUGUUGGAAGAACCAGAUCUGAAAUCACUUUGUGUCGAACUUGGUGUAACAGAUUUUGCUGCUUAGUUUGUUCAACUGUGCUGGAAUUUGGUGCUUAUGACUGAAUAACAGAUUGGAUUCCGGUCAUGUCUCUAUUAAACCCGUGGGAAAUGGUAAAAUCCAAGUUCCUACUUAAUUUAAUACUCCUUCCUGAUAGCUUUGGCACUCCAAAUUCGCAGGAUGAAUGUUAAAAUGCUCUUGUAUCAGUAGAAUUGUUUAAGUUCUAUGACUUGGUGUAGUCUAUAUAGACAGCAAAAGGGAAAAGGUCAUAUUCUAUUUAUAGCCUGUACAUUUUCAUAUCCAUGACUUUAUAUAUUGAUAAUCAAAAUAAAUGAAAAAAAAAGCUGAAACUUAAACAUCGA